CUUAAAAUAAGCCGGAAGCUUUGGGACGGUAGGAAUUCAAAGUCAAUUGGUUAAUGCUUCAUGCCAUGAUUAAGAGGUUUUCUGUCCUGAUCGGGAGGGCCGCAUCAGCCCAUUGCCUUGAUGUUCCACUAUACACUCCCCAUCAUGUACGAUACCUGGCUGCUAAACCGGAUAGAGUACAUGGAAAAGCUAAGAAGUUUAUCCUGAAACCAGUGAAAUUAGAGAAACAGGAGAAGCAAGAAGUGGAGAUCAAACAGUCUAUGACUGUGUCUCAACUUGCUGAGGCUAUGAACAAAGACAUAGAUCAUGUAUAUGAGGCCUUACUGAACACAGCUAUAAAUAUCAAUGAUCUGGAACCAGACACUGUGUUGGAGGAGAAGUGGCUAAAAGAGGCUAUAAAGAGGUCUGGGAUGAAGUAUAAAUGGGCCAAGAUAGUGGAGAAUGAAGUCAGAGAAAACAAAGAUGUCCAGAGACAACCACCACCAGAUCCUGCUAGUUUAGUGAACAGACCUCCAGUAGUAACUAUUAUGGGGCAUGUGGAUCAUGGGAAGACCACGCUGCUGGACAGCCUGAGGAAGAGCCAGAUUGCUGUACAAGAGGCUGGAGGCAUCACGCAACACACUGGAGCGUUUCUGGUCCAGCUUCCUUCUGGUGAACUCAUUACGUUUCUGGACACCCCUGGACAUGCAGCGUUUUCUGCUAUGAGGGCUCGUGGUGCCUUGGUUACUGACAUCAUCAUUCUGGUGGUUGCAGCUGAUGACGGAGUGAUGAAGCAGACCAUCGAGUCCAUACAGCAUGCCAAGAAAGCCAAAGUGCCAAUCAUUGUGGCAGUGAAUAAAUGUGAUAAGCCUCAGGCAGAUCCCCAGAAAGUGAAACAAGCUUUGCUGGCCCAUGAUGUUGUGUGUGAAGAGUUUGGAGGAGACGUCCAGGCUAUCCAUUUGUCUGCUUUAAAGGGGGAGAAUCUGAUGGAGCUGGCUGAAGCCACAGUAGCACUUGCUGAGAUGCUGGAACUGAAAGCUGACCCUAAGGGUCUAGUAGAGGGGACUGUCAUUGAAAGCCAUACAAGCAAGGGCAAAGGAUCUGUAACCAUGGCAAUAAUCAAACGGGGCACUCUAAAGAAGGGCUGCAUACUGGUGGCAGGAAAGGCCUGGGCUAAAGUGCGCUUAAUGUUUGAUGAGAACGGCCGAACUGUGACAAACGCAGGGCCUGGCAUUCCUGUAGAGAUUGUUGGCUGGAAGGAACUACCUUCUGCUGGUGAAGAAAUUCUGGAGGUGGAGUCGGAGCAACGGGCUCGGGAGGUAGUGGAGUGGCGCACAUACAUGGAAGAACAGAACAAGUUGAAGGAGGAUCAGCAAGCCAUCGAGGCCAAGCAGAAGCAACACCAAGAGAGCUAUCAGAAAGAGAGGGAGAGACUGGCGCAUCUCAACUGGAGGCAGAGGAAAGUCGCUCUCUACAAGGCCAACAAGCACCAUAUAGCCUCCAGACCCAGUGAGAAAACCGAGGCUGAGGAUCCCAGUCUGAGUCUCAUUGUCAAAGGUGAUGUUGAUGGCUCAGUGGAGGCAAUUUUGAACAUUCUUGCAAGUUAUGAUGCAGAGGAACAGUGUGUCUUAAAUAUAGUGCAUUUUGGUGUUGGGGAUAUCUCAGAAAAUGACAUUAACAUGGCAGAGACGUUCUCAGGAAUAAUAUAUGGUUUCAACAUUGGCGCUAAUAAGUCAAUACAAGACAUGGCUGCCAAGAAGGGCAUAUCCUUAAAGAUGCAUCGUGUCAUCUACCAUCUGAUAGAUGACCUGAAAGAGGAGCUUAGCAGUAAACUGCCCCCAACCACUGAGGAGAAUAUAGUAGGAGAAGCAUCUGUUCUGGCCACAUUUGAUGUGACUGUAGGGAAGAAGAAGGUCCCAGUGGCUGGCUGCAGAGUCCAGAAGGGCCAACUGGACAAGAAGAUGAAAUUUCGACUCGUUCGAGGGAAAGAGGUUCUUUGGGAAGGGGCAUUGACUGCACUAAAACAUCACAAAGAUGAUGUGCAAGUUGUGAAGACAGGCAUGGAGUGCGGUCUGUCUUUGGACAAAGCUAUUGACUUUAAAGCUGGAGAUGAAAUAAUCUGUUAUGAGGAAACAGAGAAGCAGCAGAGAAUAUCUUGGGAUCCAGGGUUUUAAGAGACUGCCCCUGUCAGUGACAUCACCAGCAUGUGGUGUUCAAAAUAGUUAUUCUGUCAGGUUAUUAUGUCCAUAUAAGGAUGUGACUGGCAAGCUGUGUAAAUUAUUCCAUGAUUAAAAUAAAUGAGUUUAAAAAAAGUGGGAAAGGUAUCUAGUAGCAAUCUAAUUCAUUUAGAUUUAUUUAUUCAUUACAAAAAAUAAAUAAAAUAAAUAAACCAAAUACAAAAUAAACCAGAUGCGAUUAAGUGUACUAAAUUAGAAAUGACAAAUUCAUAAAAUCCUCACUGUGUAUAAUUAGGUAUAGAAAUAAUCAGUUAUGUGGAAAUCUGAGGUCCAGAUGUCCAGUUAUUUCCUAAAUGUUCCUAUGAUCAAUUUAUAAAUGUCCAUACAUACAAGAUAAUUUGCCUACAUUUUUCCCAACCAUGACCUGUUUAUUAAUUGCUUAUCAUCUUAAAAUCAUGUGUAGGUGAACAAGCAUUUUGAGUUCGCCUAGAGAACUCUUUGAGAUGUUAUAUAGUGGGACAAAAAAACCAAUAUUAAUGGCUGGGUAAGGAAUUAGUAAGGGUGAUAUAAUGUGUAUAAAUGUCCCAUAAGGAGCUCAGCUCUCAGGUGCUGAUAGCAAUGUGUAAGCUACUUGGAAAACAAAUAAUUAUUAAUUAACAAUAUUAGACUAAUGACAUGAAGGUCACAUGGUAAAUCCAUUAAUUUAUUAAAUUAUUCCAUCAGUCAAACUGGCUCAAAUGUCCCCAUCAAGGGAAAAUAUACACUAGUGUACCAGUGCAUGAGCAUAUACUGUAUACAUACACUCACUGUCCACUAUAAUAGGAACACCUGUACACCUGCUCAAUCAGCCAAUCAUGUGGCAGCAGCACAAAUGCAGAAAAAUCAUGCAGGUCAAGAGCUUCAGUUAAUAUUAACGUCAAACUUCAGAAUGGAGGAAAAGCGUGAUCUCUGUGACUUUAACCAUGCCAUGGUUGUUGGUGCCAGAUGGGCUGGUUUGAGUUUUAUUUCAGAAACUGCUGAUCUCCUGGGAAUUUCACACACACACACGAGUACUUAUCUGAGUUACUAUAGACUUCCUGUCAGCUCAGACCAGUCUGUUCAUUCUCCUGGGAUCUCUCUCAUCAGCAAGGUGUUUCAGCUUGCAGACCCUCUGCACACAGGAUGUUUUUUGGUUUUUUGCACUGUUCUGUAUAAACUCUAGAGACUGCUGUGUGUGAAAAUCUCAGGAGAUUAGCAGUUUCUGAAAUAUUCAAACCAGCCCAUCUGGCACCAACAACCAUGUCACGGUAAGUCAUAGACAUCAUACUUUUUCCCCAAUCUGAUGUUUGAUGCUUGUGAAUAUUAACUGAAGCUCUUGACCUGUAUCUGCAUGAUUUUAGGCAUUGUGCUGCUGCCACAUGAUUGGCUGAUUGGAUAUCUGUGUAAAUGAGUACAGGUAUGUGUACAGGUUUUCCUAAUAAAGUGACUGGUGAGUGUAUAUUCAUGCAAAGGAGGAUUUUCUAAGUGAAGUCUGUGGCCCAGCACAAAGCAGAGUUACUCUUACUAUCCCAAAGUUGAUUUUUUUUUUAACAACAGGACAUCCUGAAGUUAUUCCUCUUAUACUACAGGAAUUUGCCAAUGAUUGUCAUUUUUAAUUUAUUAAAGAAUGACACGACCGUUUAUAGUUACAUUUAAUGUUAUGGAACGUCCAUGAGACAAGUUAGUUCCUGUUAUCACUUACAUUACAGCAGGUAUAAACAUUCGUUCACUCACCACCCUCUCUUUUUUCCUUUCUUGAAAUUAAUCAGACAAAAAAAACACAGCUUGAUUUUUUUACUGAGACUGUAAAGUGUAUAAAGUGUUUUCUUAUUUACAGUUUCACCGUAAAGUGACAUGCUGGAUUUUUUUUUUUUUUUUUUUUUACAAACCACUGACACUUCAGACUCCUUUCAUAAAUGUUAACGUUUCCUUACAGAAAGCUUCACCAUAUUACUGAUUAUAUCUUUUUCUUUUCUAUGUUUGGUAUAAGUUCCUGUAUAUACCAGAUGUGCCAACAUUACAAGAAAAUCGUGAAAGGGUGAGGAAAAAUAUAACUUUGUAUAUUAAUAAGGGAAACCCUAGUGUAUGUGAGUGGACGGGACAGCUUGAUGCUAACGAGAAGGUAAGGGGAAUAUUAUCUAAAUAGUUCAUUUGUAUUAUUUUCUUCUCAGAUGAGCAGGACGCAGUGGUAAGAAAACAGCAAGGCAAAAGUUUGAUAUGACUACUAUUUAAGUGAAUUGGAUUUUCAGCCAGACCAGGUUUAUUUGCGCUUAGCCUGACCACCGCUUCAUCUGAGAAAACAAAAGUGUAAUUUUCAGGUGUCUCCUGUAUCACUGUUGGUCAAAAAUUGUAAAUGUUACUGCUAAACUGUAAAUGUUGGCACCUCUGAAAUUUCAUUAAUUGACAUUAAUAUACAGGUCAUUUGUGCUGCGCGUGAAUGAUGACGACA